CAGCUUGGCCACUGUCUCUUUCCCAGGCUGUGUUAAUGGAGAUCCAGGAUGCGGUGGCCAAGGCUGGGCAGGUGGUGCGUGAGGCGGUAGGAGGGCUGCAGACUGUGCGCAGCUUUGGGGCUGAGGAGCAGGAGGUCAGCCGCUAUAAGGAGGCCCUGGAACGAUGCCGACAGUUGUGGUGGCGCCGAGACCUGGAAAGAGCCGUGUAUUUAGUCAUCCGGAGGGUAAUGGCCUUGGGCAUGCAGGUGCUGAUUCUGAACUGCGGGGUGCAGCAGAUCCUGGCUGGUGAGGUGACCAGGGGAGGCCUGCUCUCCUUCCUGCUGUACCAGGAGGAAGUGGGACACUAUGUCCGG